AUGCUGCCUAUAAUCGAACGACGCCAUGGCACAGUCCGCGCUGGGAGCAGCAUGUCCACUGACGUCCGCGUUCACGCAGUCAAGCUCGUCCUGUCGUUUCUUAUAUCAUACCCCCUGGCCGGUCUGCUCAAGAGAGUCCCAGAUAGCAGGCCAAACCUGAAGAACCUAUUCAUAAUAUGUACCUCUGCCUUCUACCUAGUCGGACUCUUCGACCUAUGGGGCGGCGUGCGCACUCUCGCCAUCAGCUCGGUCGGCGUCUACUGCAUCGCCAAGUAUUUGCGCACCAGUCCCUUCAUGCCAUGGAUCGGAUUUGCCUUUGUCAUGGGCCACAUGUCGAUAAGCCAUAUUGCCCGUCAAAUCGCCGAUAGCCCUUCGUCCGUUGACAUCACUGGUGCGCAGAUGGUUCUGCUCAUGAAGCUCAGCGCUUUCUGCUGGAACGUAGCUGAUGGUACGCUCCCUGAGGAUCAGCUGUCUGAGUUUCAAAAGGAAAGGAGACUUGUGGAAAUUCCUGGCAUCUUAGACUAUGCUGGAUAUGUUCUCUUCUUCCCCGGACUCUUGGCCGGCCCUGCUUUUGACUAUGCCGACUACCGCAAGUGGAUAGACACUACCAUGUUCGACCUUCCCGCCCAGGUCGAUCCCUCCAAGAAGCCUCCUGUGCGCAAGAAGAGAAAGAUUCCUCGCAGUGGCACCCCUGCCGCCUGGAAAGCUGCCAGUGGCCUGGGGUGGAUUGGUCUUUUCAUGUUUCUUGGAAGCUACUACCCCAUCGGCUACUUGACGGGCCCUUCCUACAUGGAACACGGCUUUUUACGCAGAGUGUGGCUUCUUCACAUGACAGGAUUCACGGCACGUCUCAAGUAUUACGGCGUUUGGUCUUUGACCGAGGGCGCCUGCAUUCUGGCCGGCUUGGGGUACAACGGCGUUGAUCCCAUCACCGGCAAGGUGUCGUGGAAUAGGCUGCAGAAUAUCAACCCAUGGGGAGUCGAAACGGCUCAAAAUACCCGUGCCUACCUUGGCAACUGGAACAUAAAUACCAACAAUUGGCUGAGAAAUUAUGUCUACCUUCGGGUCACGCCCAUCGGAAAGAAGCCUGGCUUCCGCGCAAGUCUCAUCACCUUUGGCACCAGCGCCUUGUGGCACGGAUUCUACCCUGGCUACUAUCUCAGCUUCAUUCUCGCCAGCUUCGUCCAAACCGUGGCAAAGAAUUAUCGUCGGUACUUCCGUGCGUUCUUCCUCGACGCCAGUGGCUCACCCACCUCGAACAAGGUCUACUACGACUUGCUGUCGUUCGUGGUCACCCAGUUCGGCAUGUCCUUCGUUGUGGCCCCUUUUCUCGUCUUGGACCUGUCUGGCUCGAUUCUCGUGUGGGGCCGCGUCUACUUCUACACCAUUGUGGGAACCGCACUUUCCAUAGCAUUCUUUGCUUCUCCAGCCAAGCAAAUGUUGAGGAAGCGGCUGGAAGAGCGCCAAGGCAAGACUGGUGCCAGGCUCACGCGUUCUAUAAGCCAAGACAGCCUCUCGGGCCGUGAACCCGUACUGGGUGUUUCGGCGGAUCCCCAGCGCGAGAUCGACGAGGCUAUGGAGGAGAUCAAGGCUGAAGUGGAGGCCAGACAAAAGAAGAAGACUACAUGA